AUGAGUCUCAGCAACAUAUCAUCGAAUGAAAAAUUUGAUAAAAAAGAAGUAGUUCCAUUAAAUAAAAGCCAAAGAGUUGAUGUUCUGGCAACUGAAUGGAGAAGCCUCAAUGAUUUAGAAACCUCACCUAUCUGGACUGAGAAAUUUAUCAGUCUAUCCUUCCCUGACGGCCUGGCCGAGGACAUUGACAAGGGCGAGGUGUCCGCCCGCCAGGAGCUGAAGCAGCGGGCCCGCUAUCUGGCCGAGAAGUAUGAGUGGGAUGUGGCUGAGGCUCGCAAGAUCUGGUGCUUUGGGCCCGACGGCACUGGCCCCAACGUCCUCACUGACAUCACCAAGGGUGUGCAGUACCUCAACGAGAUCAAGGAUAGCGUGGUAGCUGGCUUCCAGUGGGCCACCAAAGAGGGGGCUCUGUGCGAAGAGAAUAUGCGUGGUGUGCGCUUUGAUGUCCACGACGUGACCCUGCAUGCGGAUGCUAUCCACCGUGGGGGGGGCCAGAUCAUCCCCACUGCCCGGCGCUGCCUCUAUGCUAGUGUGCUGACUGCCCAGCCUCGGCUUAUGGAGCCCAUCUACCUUGUGGAGAUUCAGUGUCCAGAACAAGUGGUUGGUGGCAUCUACGAUGUCCUGAACAGGAAGCGGGGUCAUGUGUUUGAGGAGUCCCAGGUGGCCGGCACCCCCAUGUUUGUCGUGAAGGCCUAUCUGCCUGUGAAUGAGUCCUUUGGCUUCACCGCUGACCUGAGGUCCAACACUGGCGGCCAGGCCUUUCCCCAGUGCGUUUUUGACCACUGGCAGAUCCUGCCCGGGGAUCCCUUCGACAACACCAGCCGCCCCAGCCAGGUGGUGGCCGAAACACGCAAGCGCAAAGGCCUGAAGGAAGGCAUCCCGGCCCUGGACAACUUCCUGGACAAGUUAUAGGCAGCCCUCCCCUGCAGCCCACCUCCCCGGUGGGACUCAGCACAGCCCCUGUACCCGGCUGACGAUCGACCACAGCAACAAGCUCUCGCAUUCUCCAUAACACCUCGAGACUGUCCACGGGGACGCUCCACCUGACAGGUUCUGGGGCCCACUCAGUGCCAUCACUCAACGUGAACACUUGAUGCCGUUUCUUUCGAUAUUUAUUUCAAGAUUUCAGAGGCAAGAGAAAUGCCCUGGCAACAGGGACUUAUUUGGCCGGUGGGGGUGGGGGAGGUGGGAUGGGACACUCAACACUUUUUUCCAUUUCAGAAACUCAGAUGUCCAAAAAAAUAUAUAAUGCAUUAAGAGGUUUAUUUGGGUAAAUGGCCCGUAGUGGAUUUUCCCCCCAUGGGGAAGGAACGAGCGGGUAGACCUUUCUUUUUGGACAGAAGCUAGAAGGCAGGAAACUUUGUGCGGUGUCACCGUGAGCACCUCCAGCUGUAUUAGUGCCAUUGGAAUAAUAAAUUUGAUAUGGUGGUGAAAAAAAAAAAAAAAAAA